AUGGGUCGGGGCUGGACGGAGCACCCUGGAUGGAGCGGCAAGGGGCAGCAGACCUGGGCGAGCCCCGGCAGCACGAAGCGACGCAGCGAGUCCCAGAGGCUUGGUGGCGCAGCAGUUUGGCGGUGCAUGGGACUCAGCGGAGGCUCAAAUGACAUGAGCUGCAUCAGCGGGGUGACUCCUGGGGACGCUGGAUGGUGGCCUUCAGUGGCCUUGCAUCCUGGAGGCAUGGGGGAGCAGCCUGAUGGUGCAGUGAAUCGACAGCAUUGCAGGCCCGCUGACCAACCUUGGUGGACCAGCCUGGUGGGACGGUCUGUCAUUGUGGCAGAUGGAUGGCUCAGUGGUGCGAUGGCCCAACUUUGGAGGGCAAGCCCAGCGGAGCAGUUCGGCAGUGCAGCAGACCAGUGGCAAGACACACCUGCAGACCAACCUUGGAGGUCCAGCCUGGCACAGCGGGUGGGCAUCUGCAUGAUAUGGCUGGGAAUCUCUCCCCCAUUCCCAGAUUCUGACCUGCAUUCCCAAUCAGGACACAUUGUGCUGCAGUGCAAUGAAGGCUUAGUCAGCAUGUUCUACACUGCCCGUGGCUACAUGGGCUUUCUGGCUGCCAUCUGCUUCUUGGCAGCUUUCCUUGCCCAAAAACUGCCUGGAUGCUUCAACGAAGCCAAAUGGAUCACCUUCAGCAUUAUCCAGGGUAUGAGUUUCAGCCAGAUCUUGCCAUUCCUGUUUGCCAUUCAUGAGAUCAAUCAGAGUCCUAGGCUGCUCCACAAUUUCACCCUGGGCUACAGCAUCUAUGAGAACUUCUUCAGUGCAAGAAUGACAUAUGAAGCCAUGCUGGACUUACUAUCAAUGGGGCAGGAGAAUGUCCCAAACUACAGAUGUGGAAGACAAAAACAUCUGUUGACAGUGCUUGAAGGAAGUGAUUCCGAGCUCUUUCAUCAUGUGACAACCAUGCUGCGCAUCUACAAAGUCCCACAGAUCAACUAUGGGGUCAUCAGCCACAUUCCUGAGCAGAAACAGCAUUUCCCUUUCUUCUACCGGCUGAGUCCAAAACAAGAGCCUCCUCACUUGGCGAUUGUCAAACUGCUUCUGCAUUUCCGAUGGACGUGGAUCGGCCUCGCUGUUCCGGACAGUGAAAGUGGAGAAAGGUUCAGGAGUUCCUUUGUGCCUGUGGCCCUCAAGAAAGGGCUUCAUCCCUUUCUAAGAAACUUCCAGCUUCACAAUCUUACUGAGGAUGAUGUUUAUUUGGAUGAGAAUGGAGAUCCUGCUGCUGAUUUUGAUAUCAUGGAGUGGGCAGUGUUUCCCAACAAGUCUGCUGCUGGGGUAACAAUUGGAAAGAUCGAAAGAGAGGCCUCUUCAGAAGUCAAGAUCUCCGUCAAUCAGAGUGCCAUCAUAUGGCCAAUGUCAUUUAACCAGGUAGUGCCUUUCUCGAGGUGUACUGAAAGUUGUCUCCCAGGAUACACCAAGCUCACAAGAGAGGGAGCACCAGUUUGCUGCUACGACUGUUCUCCGUGUAUGGAAGGAUCUGUCUCCAUGCAGGAAGAUGCGGCCCAUUGUGAAAAGUGUCCUGAUGACCAGCAUUCCAAUGAGAGGCGAGAUCAAUGUCUCCCCAAAGUUAUAAGCUUCCUCUCCUAUCAAGAAAACUUGGGUCUCAUCCUGGCUCUCAUUGCUGUUUUUUUGUCUCUAAUCACUGGCUUUGUCCUAGGACUCUUCAUUAAAUACCAAGAAACUGCCAUUGUCAAAGCUAACAACCGGGACCUCACCUACAUUCUCCUGGUUUCUCUUCUCCUUUCCUUCUUGACCUCCUUUCUAUUCAUUGGACACCCCAAGAAAGUGACCUGCCUUCUUCGACAAACUGCCUUCAGUGUUGUUUUCUCGGUUGCCGUAUCUUCCUUACUGGCCAAGACCGUCAUGGUGGUGGUGGCCUUUCUGGCCACCAAGCCAGGCAGCAGGAUGAGCAAAUGGCUGGGGAAGAGUCUGGCUAAUUCCAUUGUCUUGUCCUGCUCUGGUGUUCAGGUGGGCAUCUGUAUGUUAUGGCUGUUAAUCUCUCCCCCAUUUCCAGAUUCCAAUCUGCAUUCCCAACCAGGACAGAUCCUGCUGCAAUGCAAUGAAGGCUCAGUCACCAUGUUCUAUACUGCCCUUAGCUACAUGGGCUUUCUGGCCACAAUCUGCUUCUUGGUGGCUUUUCUAGCCCGCAAACUUCCAGGGUCCUUCAACGAAGCCAAGUUGAUCACCUUCAGCAUGUUGGUUUUCUGCAGCGUUUGGGUCUCCUUUGUCCCUACCUACCUGAGCACCAAAGGGAAAUACAUGGUGGCUGUGGAGAUCUUCUCCAUCCUGGCCUCCAGUCUUGGCUUACUGGGCUGCAUUUUUGUCCCCAAAUGCUACAUCAUUAUUCUCAGACCUGACAUGAAUGUGAAGGAGCAUCUGAUGAGGAAAACUGAUGAGACCUUUUAA